AGAUCCUGAGAGGGGGGGUGAAGAUUACCCACAACCCCCUGCUGUGCAACAUGGAGACGAUCCAAUGGGGAGACAUCUUGGAUCAGAGAAAUCCCAGCAUGCAGUUCAAGAACGACAGCUUCCCAAAAGCAUGUGAGAGGUGUGACCCGGUGUGUAACGGAUCGUGUUGGGCAGCCGGACCGGAGCACUGUCAGAAUCUGACAAAGCUCCAGUGUGCAGAUCAGUGCAGCAGAAGAUGUCGAGGACCCAAACCUUCAGAUUGCUGCAACCAGCACUGUGCUGCAGGAUGCACGGGACCCACCAACACACACUGCCUGGCGUGCACAGAUUUCAGCGAUGAGGGCACCUGUAAAGAUAUCUGUCCUCCUCUGAAACUUUACAACCCAAAGACUCACCAUCUGGUCAACAACCCCAACGCCAAGUUCACCUUCGGAGCCUCCUGCGUCAAGGCCUGCCCGAGUAACUACGUGGUGACGGAGGGCUCCUGUGUGAGGACCUGUAGCCCCGGGAUGUUUGAGGUUAAAGAGGAGGGGGUUCAACGCUGCAAACCCUGCGAUGGACCCUGUGCUAAAGCCUGUGAUGGAAUAGGGGCCGGCGCUCUGAUUAACACGGUGGCAGUGAACGCCUCCAACAUCGAGUCCUUCAGGAACUGCACAAAAAUCAACGGAGACGUUUUCUUCAUCAAGGCGUCCUUCACCGGGGACGCCCACUAUAAGAUCCCGCCCAUGGACCUGGCCAAACUGGAGUACUUCAGAACGGUGAAGGAGAUCACAGGUUUCCUGGUGAUCCAGUCGUGGCCGGAGAACUGGACGUCUCUAUCGGUGUUUGAGAAUCUGGAGAUCAUCAGAGGAAGAACUCAACGGUCGCAGUACAGUGUAGCCGUGGUCUGGGCGAAGCACCUCCUCUGGCUGGGCCUGAGCUCCCUGAAGGAAGUGAGUGCUGGCGGAGUGCUACUGAAGGACAACGCUCAGCUGUGUUUCACCAGAACUGAUCAGUGGACCCGGCUGUUCAGAUCCAAGGAGCAGAUAGUCAGUCUGCACGGCAACGCCCCCCCCAGCCUCUGUGAGCAGCAGAAUCGGAUCUGUGACCCUGAAUGUUCUGAGGAGGGCUGCUGGGGUCCAGGACCUGAUAUGUGUGUGUCCUGUCGUCACCUGACCCGUAGCUGGCGCUGUGUGAGGAGCUGCCACCUGCUGCAGGGGACCCCCAGAGAGGUGCAGGUGAGCUCCAGGUGUGAGCCGUGUCACCCUGAGUGUCAGAUUCAGAGCGGGAAACCUACCUGCAGCGGAACGGGUCCUGACCAGUGCACCCAUUGCUCCCACUCUCAGGACGGUCCUCACUGUGUCCCGAUGUGUCCCAGUGGAGUGUUGGGAGACGGGGACACGUUGAUCUGGACCUUCCCCGAUAAGAGAGGCCGCUGCCAGGCCUGCAGCGAGGACUGCACCCAGGGGUGUACUGGUGCGGGAAUGCUGGGAUGCAUCGGUUUUCCCUUUAAGUCCACGCUGGCGGUGGGCGUUGUGGGCGGGCUCUUGGUGGCCGUCAUCGUUUCAUUGGUGGUCUUUGUGUUGCUGCGGCGUCGGCGAAUCAGGAGGAAGAGAACGAUGCGUCGCCUGCUGCAGGAGAGAGAGCUGGUGGAGCCCCUCACUCCCAGCGGUGAAGCUCCUAACCAGGCGCUGCUCCGGAUCCUGAAGGAGACCGAGUUCAAGAAGAUCAGAGUUCUGGGAUCAGGAGCCUUCGGGACCGUCUAUAAGGGCCUCUGGAUCCCUGAAGGAGAGAACGUGAGGAUCGCGGUGGCCAUCAAGGUUCUGAGAGAGGCAACGUCUCCUAAAGCCAACAAAGACAUCCUGGACGAGGCGUAUGUGAUGGCCAGCGUGUCUCACCCUCACGUCUGUCGUCUCCUGGGGAUCUGUCUCACCUCCUCAGUGCAGCUCGUCACUCAGCUGAUGCCCUUCGGAUGUCUCCUGGACUACGUGCGUCUGCACAGGGAGCAGGUGGGGGGGCAGUGGCUGCUCACCUGGUGCCUGCAGAUCGCCAAGGGGAUGAACUACCUGGAGGAGCGCCACCUGGUCCACAGAGACCUGGCAGCGAGGAACGUUCUGGUGAAGAACCCGAACCACGUGAAGAUCACUGACUUCGGACUCGCCAAACUGCUGACGGCCGACGAGAAGGAGUACCACGCCGAUGGAGGAAAGGUUCCUAUCAAGUGGAUGGCUCUGGAGUCCAUCAUGCAGUGGAGAUACACGCACCAGAGCGACGUCUGGAGCUACGGAGUUACGGUGUGGGAGCUGAUGACGUUCGGCUCCAAACCGUACGACGGGAUCCCGGCCAGUGAGAUCUCGUCGGUGCUGGAGCGGGGCGAGCGGCUGCCUCACCCCCCGAUCUGCACCAUCGACGUCUACAUGAUCAUGGUCAAAUGCUGGAUGAUCGACCCCGGCAGUCGUCCUCGAUUCAGAGAACUCAUCGUAGAGUUCUCAAAGAUGGCCAGAGACCCCUCCAGAUACCUGGUGCUACAGGGCGAGCUGCCCACAGACUCCAGGUUUUACUCUCGUCUGCUGAGCUCAGACGACAUGGACGACAUCGUGGACGCAGAGGAAUACCUGAUGCCUCUGAACAACAACAACGAGAACAGAGAGAACGGACGCCCGGUGAGAGAGAACAGCAUCGCUCGGCGUUACAUCGCCGACCCAACGACCAAUCAGGAGAGAGAAGACUUCCCUGGACACGAGUACAUGAACCAGAGUCAGAGUGACAGCGGUUCGGAGGUUUUGAACCCGAACUACGAGGACCUGAGUCGGGGUUUUGUGGAGCUGAAGCCCUUCUCUCCUGUUUCCGGGGGACCAGAAUACCUGAACACCGCCCAGAACUCUCUGCCUCUGACGACCAAUGACAGCCUCGAUAAUCCCGACUAUCAGGCUGACUUCCUGCCGCCGAACGCCCACUUCCUGCCGGCCACGGAGAACCUGGAAUACCUGGGGGCAUCGCUAAACAAAGCUAACGUACGCUAACGGUUAGCAACGCUUCAAACUGUGGAGAUUUGAGGCAGCUUGAGAGUAUUUCAUUUAACCGUUUCUCAUUGACUUUCCCACGAACUAAAUCCCGGAAUUGGACGUUAUUGGAUAUUACAUUACGUUAUUGGACUCUAUUGGACAUUAUGUUAAGUAUUGGACAUUACGUUACGUUAUUGGACGUUACUGGACAUUAUUGGACGUUAUUGGACAUUACGUUACGUUAUUGGACGUUAUUGGACAUUAUUGGACGUUAUUGGACAUUACGUUACGUUAUUGGAUGUUAUUGGACAUUACGUUACGUUAUUGGACGUUAUUGGACAUUACGUUAAGUAUUGGACGUUACUUGACAUUAUGUUACGUUACUGGACGUUACGUUAAGUUAUUGGACGUUACGUUACUGGACUUUAUUGGACGUUACGUUACUGGACUUUACUGGACGUUACGUUACUGGACUUUACUGGACGUUACGUUAAGUUAUUGGACGUUAUUGGACAUUACGUUAAGUUAUUGGACAUUACGUUACUGGACUUUACUGGACGUUACGUUAAGUUAUUGGACGUUACGUUACGUUAUUGGACGUUACGUUAAGUUAUUGGACGUUACGUUAAGUUACUGGACGUUACGUUAAGUUAUUGGACGUUACGUUAAGUUAUUGGACGUUACGUUACGUUACUGGACGUUACGUUAAGUUAUUGGCGCCACUAAAAGCUCUUCAGGUUCACCAGAAGAGAGAUUUGACUCGUUCCAUAUUGGUCUCUUUGGGAGUAAAGAGGACAAAAUAUAAGAAACACAUUAAAUGAAAUCCCCACGUACUUCUUCCUCUCUGCCGUCCCUCGUGCACGAUCUGACUCAAACUGAUGAAAAUGUGCAGAUAGGAUUUAAGACGACAGCAGCAGGAAUCAAUUAAGAAGUCUUCCUUUAAUUAGCUUCAGCAAUUAAGAGAAAACACUGAUCUGAGGUGGAUUCAAGGUUCCUGUAAUCACUCUUCAGGCGCAGCAGCACCCCCUGCUGGUGGAGAGGAGGAUCUGCAUCAACACGCUUUUUUAAACACUUCUAUAAAAACAUAUUCUGAAUUAUUACAGAUGUGUUUUACUACAUUAUCUGUUUGUACGCCGCUGGAUGAUUUACAGGUGGAAUCACUUCAUGUAAGGUUUGCAUUCUGCUGUAAAGUCUGGCUGUUUGACACCAAAUUAUUACAUUUUAGUGUAAAAAGAAACCAUUUCUGUCAUGUAGGGAAGAGGGUAGGAUUUUUAGAUUCGACCAGAAGUGAAUUAUUGUUUUAUUAAAGAGAAAAAAGUAAAGAAAUCGGAGAAAAAAGUCACAAUUCUGAGAAAACAUUUCUAAAUUCUGAGAAAAAUUUUAAGAUUAUGGAAAAAAAAAGUCAAAAUUCUGAGAUUUUCACCAUAAAGUCAAAAAUAAAUGCUUCUCAGAUUUCUGAAUUUAAUAUCAGAAUUUCAAAUCAUAUCACAUUUGGUCACAUCUAAAAACAAAAAUCUCCCUAAUCCUCUUCCGUAGCUCCCUUCUUUGAACUGUUAGCUGAUAUUUGAUUCCAUGAAAUCCUGAAAAUGAUAUCCUUUUGUUUACGUUGGACGUCUCAGCUUUUAAAACCCCUCACAGAUCCGUCCUCUCGUCUCCUGACAAGGUUUGAAUCCAUUGCUCUGUGAGUGUGUGUGUGUACAGAGAUGGACUGAUACACUCUGUGAUAAUAAACGUUAGCGUCCAAACGUUGAGAUGUUCCCACAGGAGAUUCCCUGUUAAAUCCCACCUUCUGUAAAGACUUGAAACACCUUGAGUUAAGCUUUGUUUUCUUUUACAUGUGUACUAACUAGUUGUAUAUAAUCUCCUUGAUGAUUAUGAGCCAAAAUCUUAAUAUUCUGCACACUAAUUCAAACUGCUUUGUCACUGUUUGUCACUGCUGGUGGUGCAAAUGUUCAGAAGCUGAGGAGCGGUUAAUGAUUAUACUUCAGGUUCAGGCAUCAAUCUUUAAUGUGCACGUGGUUAAAGAUGACUUUAGACUUCUUGUCAAGUGCGUAAACAAUAAAUGGAAACAUCUGGUGCCAACACGUGCAAACACUCUACAACGACCCAAAACAUGCAAACACAAAACGCUGCAAGAAGCUCAGGACGUGUUUUGAUGUUAAAAGCAUUAUUUUUGGGGCUUUUUAGCACCCGUAGAAACACAUCACUAUUGCACUGUUUGCCCUAAACCCUGACUACUGUGACAACAACAUAUAAUUACAUUUAAAACAGAGAUAUUAUUGGGUCGUUCAGCACAUUUGGGCAUAAAACUACUCGUCUAAAUUCAAGUCAAAAUGAUCAUGAGACCUGAUUUAAGAUCUUAUUUUAGGGUAAAAAUGAUUUAAAAAGUGAGUUAAUGUUGAUAAUAUGAGCCUUAAAUAUGAAUGAUUAACCGCCUCUGCUCUCAGCUUCAUUGAGACACUGAGGACUCACGAUGGAUGUCUGUAAAUCUUGUUUUGUGUAGCAUUUUGUUGUUAAAUGUGAAUUUUGAUGUAAAAUAUCGUUGUUGUUUUACAGGGUACGACUUAGACCACCGCUUUGUUGGUAAAACAUAAAAAAUUGUUGUUUCUGUUGAA